ACUUCAGCCAGUAUGCAGCAAACCACAUUUGAAGAUUUGAAAAUACGGCUGAACCAUCCUUAUGUGUAUCUCCAUCAAACCAAAUGCUGUCAUCUCUUGUUGAUACGUGAUAUCAGGUUCGUUAAUACCCCAUUUCUAAAGACAGGGGACCGAUAUAUAACCGGAAAAGAAAUUUGCAAGAACGACGAAAGUGAUUACAGCGCCUAUCCACGGACUACAUACAGUUGGCGAUACGAACGGCAUAAAUGUACCAUGUGCACCAUUUAUCCCUCAGAAUACGUGACGAUGGAUGAUUAUCUGUCUGGACAUUCGCCUUGCUACUGGUGUAGACACUGUUUCUUUCCAUUUCACUACGAUAAGGAUGGGAAGAAAGUAGGC